GUGCAAGAUUAAAAGAAGAAGCAAACAAACUUAAUAUUUCUGGUGGAGGUUUAAAACAAUAUGUUAGUACAAGAUGUAUUGAAAAAACAAGUAAUGAGAUUUAUGAAAUUUUAAUGAAUGAAAAUUUAGAUGUAGAUAAAGAUUUUAUUAAAAUUACUGAAGAUAGUUUAAAUGAUGAAAAUGGUGAAAAUGAAAUAUUUAAUGAAAAAGAUAAUUUAUUAAUUGGUAAUGUUUUGAAUUUAAAUAAGUUUUAUAGUGAUUUAGAUGAAUUAGAAUUUAGUAUGAAUGAAGAAUAUAAUGAUGAAGAAAGUUAUAGUGAAGCAGAAGCUAUUUCAAAUCUAACUCAAGAGGCUCAAAAAAAUGUUAAUUGGGAUCCGAUUGCUGAAAUAGAUAAAAUAGUUGAAGACUUAUAA